UCGUAAAGAUAUCCCCUCAAAUAAUAAUAACAGCAUAAAAAUACAGAUUUAAAACUCCUAAGAAAUUAAAACCUCUCUUUUUUUUUCUCUCUUUUUUCUUCUUUCUUCUAUUAUUAUUAUUAACGCAACGAAGGGGGGGAAAAGAUGGCCAAGAUUACAGAGAUUAAAAAGGAGAAUGUAACACCUGGCAAGAGUAAAGUGAAAAAGACUUCCUUGUUGAGUCAAGGUCUAAUAGGUUUAAGUUGGACUAUCUUGUUCUUCUUUUUGGGUUCGUACUUGAUUACCGAGUCGUGGACGUGGGGUUAUCGUGGCAAGUGGACAAAUGUGAACACGUAUAUUCCACGCAAACAAAGGGUCUUUACAGAGACCGAGUUGUUACAGUAUGAUGGCACCGAUGCCAACAAACCCAUCUAUUUGGCCAUUGACGGUGAUGUGUAUGACGUGUCGCAGGGAAGGGGAUGGUAUGGUCAGGGAGGCAGUUAUCACCACUUUGCAGGCAAGGAUGCAGCAAGAGCUUAUGUAACGGGAUGUUUUGAGGACCAUUUGACACACGACAUUCGCGGGUUGACUUCCGAUCAAUUAAAAGGUAUUGAUCACUGGAAGAAGUUUUAUGACAAGAGUCACAAGUAUCAUAAGAUUGGUCGUGUCCUGCAUGAUCCUAUUCCUGAUGAUACUCCCAUACCUAAACCAUGUAAAACUGCCGUAGAUCAAAAGCCAUAAACACACAACAAACACUGUAGGAAUGGCUCCGGCAACUGCUGCUGCUGCUGCUGCUGCUGCUGCUGCUGCUGCUGUUGGACAACAAAAUGUGUUACACGCACACACAAAAAUCAGGGGAAAAUUCUUUUUUUUUUUUACCCCCCAUAUUAUUAUAAAAAUAAAAAUCUUUUUUUUUCUCUCU